CCUUCAACAGCUAUGUCACAGAAAAAUUCUAUGUUGAGCAGAUAUGCACGUAUUGAAGAUCGUGAUGAUGAAUUUACCUCAGGCUCAUAUGUACCUUUGGAGGCUCGCUAUCCACGUGGUAGAAUGCCAAUGUUAUAUCGUUCAUCUUCUAAUUCAGUAAGAGAAGUUAUUGAGCAAGAAGAUAGGCAAUUAAAGAAUGAGCAUCCAAAGUUGACAAGUCAUGUUGGCAACCAGUUGUACGAUCCAAGUUUUGUUGUGAGGGGUCUGCCAAUGGAUCCUUACUUACGUAUGCUUAAGGAGAAUCCAAACUUUUUUAAAAUUGAAAGCAAGCUUGAGGCUGAUCGCAAGGACAAAGUGAAGAUUGAUUUAAACAAUUGAGGAAUAUUAUGUUGUGGUUGAAACUAUUUUCUUUUAGUUCUUUUAAUUUCGUAGCUAGAGAAGUGUUGAACUUCUUGUUAAUUUCAAAAUUUUUUAUUUCAUAGCUAAAGAAGUCUUGAACUUCUUGUUGUCAGUUUCAAAUUAUCAGUAAAUCGUAUUUCUUGAUAAAACUCUUCAAGUUUGAAUGUAAGCAGCAUGUUUCUUAUUUCAACAUCCUUUUGUUAUGAUUUAUAUUUUAGUA